AUGGAAAAGAAACUUACUAUAAUGACAAAAGGUGCAGAUUUUAAGAAUUUAACAAAAAAUACCAAGGCUACUUCUGCAGAAGCAAAGGUAGUGGGUUUAUCAAAUGGGAAUGCGAAGAGUAACGCCUCCUCAUCACGUUCUAGUCCAAUUAUUGGUUCGAAACGUUUGAGUGAUUCUCCGGUGCCAUUAAAUGAUGAUCCAACAGUUAAUACUUCAGUAACAGUCACCAAAGAGGAUUCUAAAAAAGCUACAAAAACUUCAAGUACUACGAAAUCCAUAGUGACAAAAUCACCACAGAACACACUUUCAUCAAGAAGAACAUCACGGGUUAUGUCUGUAAUUCCUGAUGCAUCAAAAACAUCGUCUACAUCGCCCUUCAAGUCGCGCACUUUACCAUUACCUACACAAAACGGAUUGAAAGUUAACUCAUCAAUUCCAGAACCUUUUACUUCAGAUCCAAUCUCAAUGAUUUUUGAAGAUAAAACAAAAAGGAUAUCUUCAUCAAAUACAUCUUUAGAGGUGGAUGGAGUUUCUCCAACUAAUCGUUUUGCGUCAACAAACGUUCAUGGUAGAUCUUCACCUGCCUUAAAGUCAGUUAAUGUCAAAAAUACAAUUGCCACAUUAGAAAAAAAAGUGACACGAAAUGAUAGCUUGUCAGCAACAAGUAGCGAGAUUUCGCCAACUACAACAAAUUUUACAGUCACCACUGAUACAAAUUUAGAAGAUAUGGACAUGGAACAAUUAGAACAAUUAUUCCUUAAUGGAACACGAUCCCCAUCGAUCGUAUCAAAUUAUUCAUCAAAUGCUCCCUGGAAGUCGGAUAUUCCUCUCGAUAUUCCUCUCGAGUUAUCUGAUGUAUCAUGGAAAAGUGAUGAUAAUACUUAUGGUAAUACUCAGCUGACUUCAGCAGUAACGGACUAUCAUUUUACUGAUCCAGAUGAACAGUUACGAACGGGUUUGUCUAUGAUACAGGAAGCUUAUAAUCGCAAAUCUUUAUCAGCUUCCGUUAGUUUAUGGGAUGGAGAAAAAGUAAAGCAAAAUAAAAAUAAAAAUGAAAUCGCUCAACUUAAUAAAAAAAUUCGUGAAUUGAGUGAGGCACUUAUCAAGGAAGAGGGAGAAAAGAAUACGUUGUUAGUUUCAAAGAAUACAAUAACAGAUCGAUAUAAUAAAUUAUGGAAUGAGCAUCGAAAUUGUACAAAUAAAUCAACUGGUGUGGGAACUAGUAAUAGUAUAAUUACAGUUAUUAAUAGUGGUAAACAAGAAAUACGAAAUUAUCUAAAAACUCUUGAACAUGAAGAGAGACAAGCAUUGUAUGUUGCAUUUAAAUUUCUUGAAUGCUGUCAUCCCCAUGAUAUUCACACUCAACAAGCAAUAUUAGAACAUUAUGCAAAGAAAACUUUCGACGUAGUUGGAUCCCUUCCAAAUGAACUAGCUACUAAAAUUCUUUCGAUAUUAUCAGCAGAAAAUCUUUGUUGUGCUAGAGAAGUAUCAAGACGUUGGCGAGAAAUGAUUAAUGAACCUGAUCUUUGGAAAGCAAAAUGUUUAUCAGCUACUCAAGAUGAUCCCGUUCCUCUUGCAUAUCCUUCUGAUCCUAAACAAUGGGAAGAGAUUUAUCGCGGUCUUCAUUAUCGUGAACACAAUUGGGUUCUCGGUAAUGUGCAAUCUGUUAAGUUCCUUAAAGGACAUACCGCAAAUGUUACAGCAUUGAAAUUGAAAAAGACCACUUUAGUUACUGGAAGUUAUGAUGAGACUGUACGAAUUUGGGAUGUAAGGAAUGGUAGAUGUAUGAAAGUUUUACAGGGUAAAGCUAUAAGUUGUGUUGAUUUCAUACUAGAGACGAGGAUGGUUGCUGCUGGAUUUAAUGAGCAAGGGGCACAUGUUUGGCACAUGGAUUCAGGUGAAGUAUUGCUGACACUUACAGCACAUAAUCGCGGCAUCAAGGAAUUGUCAAUGAAUAAAAAAUAUAUAGUAACGGCGGGCCAUGAUAUGUCAGUCAUUGUGUGGGAUUUGAAAGAAGGGGCGAAACUGCAUACCUUCAGGGGAUUUGGUAAUAUGCUUCUUGGAAUUCAGCUUUUGGGAGACAAUAAUCUGAUAGCUAUAAAUAGUGAUGGCUGGAUUCGUACGUAUGCACUUGAAGAAAAACUCCAAAUCCACCAAUACAAAAUCCCAGAUAAUUCUCACAUUCAAUGGUUUUCUGCAUUGGGAAUGGAUGUAACAUGUUCAACAACCCGUACAAUAUAUCAACUUCGAUGGCAAAACAAAUACAUUAAAACGGGAAGAAAAACAAAAGGUAUAGACGAAAUUAUAAUUGAACCGGAUUUAUCUAUGGAUCCAGUGAUAAAACGGAAAGUAACAUCUGAAGCAGAAAUAUUUUGCGGAACAACUGAUAAUACUAAAGAUAGAAUUAUUUUUAGCACAAGAUUUAAUAGCAGAAUGCAUAACAAUAAAAGUAUAUAUGUUUACUCACAAGAAAAAGGGAUUAAUAGAUUUGGAGGGUUAUGGGAAAAUAUGACUGAUCAAAUGACCACAAACAACAUGGGACCUUUAUGUAUGGAUGUGGAUCAUGAAAAAAUCGUUAUUGGAUCAAUUGGGGGAGUUGUUUAUCUUUUGGGAUUCGUUGGAGAUAGAGAAUGA